GUACAGCGCGCCAUAUUUUGUUGUCAUCGGUUCGCGGCGCCGCACGUGGAUCGGGGCAUGGAUGCCUCUCCGGUCCCGCCGCUGGUGGACGCCGACUCCGGCCUCGCAGGCUCGAUAGUGGCGGAGCGGUUGCAGACGCUGAGGGUCGCCUGCGACGGGAGCGCCGAUGCAAGGGCGGCGGGCCCGCUUUCCCCGGAGCGCCUCUGUGAAGGAGCCCCCGCCAACUCCUCGGAGCUUCCACGGGAGGCAGAGCCUCCCUGGGUCGCCCUGAAGGGAGGCGGCGAUGCGGGUGGUGCUCCUCCUCACUCUAGCGCCGCCGCUGAAGAGAAGCCGGCUGCUGUGGGGGAUUGCAACGGCCAGGCCUCUCCCGGGACGGGCGAUGAGCAGCCCAAAGCUCUGGAGGCAUCGUCGGAUAAAGAGGAGGAAGCCAAGGUGGUGGACCAUCAUCAGCCGUCCUCCUCCUCCUCCUCCCCUGCUUUUCAGGGCGGUAGCAGCGAAGGGAACGGAGACCUCGAUCGCCCAACGGCAGCGCUCGGUCUCCUAGAGGGAGAGGCGCUCCCCAAGGAGAAGCCGGCGGCGCAACGGAGCGAGAAGGAAGGGCCGUUGUCAGGGGAAGGUGGGGGCCGCUCGGAAUCGGACAGUGAUACUGAUGCAGACAGUUCAUCUUCUCUUUCCUCCUCUUCCUGUCCUCCAUUGUUGUCCGAUGAUGAUCAACAAGAUAAAAAUGAAAAUAAUUCUACUAAAAAAAAAAGUGAAUUGACUAAAAAACAGGAGCCCUCUCUUGUUGAAGACCUAAUGAUAAUUCUUCCUGAAUCUGUUAAAUUAAUGCCUUUUGGACAAGUUUCCAGCAUUGUUGAACAUCAAGUAAUAAUAGAGUCUGAGAAGGGACUUCCUCCAGUGAAUGAAAAUACAGUACUUUUCAAGGAAAAUCGUCAUUCAUUAGGAAAAAUCUUUGAGAUAUUUGGCCCAGUGUCACAUCCCUUUUAUGUAGUACAAUUUAAUAGUCCUGAGCACAUUCAGUCCAAAGAUAUUAAAAUAAAAGAUGCUGUAUAUUUUGCUCCAGCUGUGGAAAGCUUCACUCAGUACAUAUUUCCAGAAAAAUUGAAACAAGAAAAGGGAUCAGAUGCAUCUUGGAAGAAUGAUGACGAGCCACCUCCUGAGGCUUUAGAUUUUAGUGAUGAUGAAAAAGAAAAAAUAGCAAAAUCACACAAGAAAUCUCAGAAUAUAAAAAGAAAGAAGCUCAGAUCACAGCAAAAUGAUAGCAAUGAUAAUGGGCCAAAUUAUCGAUCCAGACGACAACCUCCUUCAGAAUAUUCAGGUGGAUAUUGUAGAGGACAGCCUACCACCAGGUUUUCAUGGGGCAGACCGCCUCAUGUAGCUUCUUUUCCACAUUUCUAUAGACAGCACAAUAUAACUCCACAGUAUUAUUCCUCUGACUAUGCACACUUGCAGAAACCACCUACUUUUUGUGAGCAACAGAGACUGGAAAGUAUGAGAAGACAUCAGUAUUCCUUCCCACCACCAUCUUUUGAAACUGUUAGUCAUAAUACAAAUUUUCCACCUCCACCUCCACCUCCACCAAUAGAUUGGGGGUGGCCUCCUACAUGCCCUCAGAACACCUAUGAGCCUUUAUUGUCUAUGUUAUCUUUACCUCCACCACCACCACCUCCACUGCCCCCACCAUCUAUAGAGCCUAACACCGGCAGUUCUCCUUAGGACAGGAUAUAUUUUCAGACAACCUAUACAAUUAAAUGUAUAUGGUAGAUAUGUUAAUAUUUUCUUAUUUGCUUUGACCGAGGUACACUAUUUUUAGUUAUGUACAGAAAUUAAAAUGAGAAUUUUGUAUGGGAUAAAAAUAUGGAAAGGUGUUUAGUGUCUGUUUAUGUUUCCAUACAAAUAUAAUGGAAAAGGUAUUAAAUAUUUAUUUUUACUGUCCACAUUGUUAAAAACUAUUUUUACAGAUUUAUACAGGUCUCUAAUGUGUAUAAAUUUAUAAUUUCCUCUGAAACAAAAUUUCUUGUUUCUCAAUGUAAUAUGUUGAAAUUCUGUAUUCUCUGUUGCUCCUUUAUAAUUGCUCUAUACUACCAUAGAAAGCAUUUCAAUGUAAAAAAUAGAUUAAAAUCUCCAUAACUCAACCAAACCUUAGCAGUAUCCAUGUCUGUAAUAUUUUGGUGGGCACAUGCUUAAUUGUGCUUAGAGAACAUUCAACGAAAUACUAGAAAAUAAUUUUAAAAGCAUGGGAACAAAACAUGUUUUUACUACAUAUCUAUGUAUACAUCAUGCUUAUUUUCAACGUUAAUGCUCUUUUGUAAUACAUUUGAUUUUUACUAUAAGGCUAAACUAAUGUAGGUUUACCUGAGACUACAUUAUAGCUAACGUGGCUUAUUUCUGUGUAACUACUAGUGUUACAACUAUAAAUUUUUCAUUUUUCCGGCUUUUUUCACCAAACCAUUAAUAUAUUAACUUUUCCUUAUAUAUUUAUUAAUUCAUUCUUUAUAUUUGAUCAAUUAUAUGUCAAUAUACUUAUUUUAGACUGGUCAUUAUAUUCAAUUUACAUUUCUUCAGAAUCCAUUAAUUCUUAACCUUCUCCUUGUUUUACUAUGUAUAUUCACUGUAGAAAUAUAUAAGCCGUUUUUGUUCUUUGAACAAAUAAUUCAUUUCUUGCAACAAUCACCACAGGAGUUACUAUUUAUCCACUGUAAUUUUAAUCCAUUUUCUCAUUUUUUUAUUAAUGUUCAGCCAAGAGAUACCAAUUCAAUAUUUUAGGUUUGGUUUUUCCAUUUAUGUAUACUGUGGAACAAAGUUUUCUAUUUUUCACAACAAACACAACUACUUUAAGUUUUGAUACUUCAGUUUCCAGAUCCAUAUUUGUUAGAAUCAUAGAAUAUAAAUGUUGGGAUUAUGGAAAUUCAUCAAAUUCAGCCUCCUGUUCUGUAUGGGAAUAAAUUCUUGACAAUUGAACAUUCAACCUUUUGUUUAACCAACCCUAGUGAAGAAUUCACUACUUUCUGAGUAGCAUGAUCUAUGACUAAACAGCUCUUAACAUAAAGAAAUUAACUUGUGCCUAAACCCCAUUGUUUCUUGUUUUGUCUUCUUGAAAAAAUUGAAUAAUUUUGUUAGCUGUUCAUCAAAUUCUUGAUGACAGCUCUUGCAUCUUCCAAAAGCCCUUUCUAAGAUUAGCAGACCCAAUCUCUGCAAUUUAUUCACUUUUCAUUCCAUGAUUCCUACUAUGGUUUUUCCAUGGAUUGAAAAGAUAAUAUUUUUCAAGACAGAAUUCUUUUUUAGUUUCUGAAGAACCCAAGUCUCUCUACUCUCUACACUCUUAUCAUACCUACGCUACCAUUCAUGUCCAUUAUAAAAUAAUGGACAUGAAUGGUCAUAUUUUUCCUAAAGCCCACCUCUGAUUUUUCCAGAAUUGCCAGAAUAUGCAACAAUUAUCAGCAUAAGAUUACUGCUAUCAUAUGCACUUACAUGACACUAAUUCAUAUUUAAAUCAGCUUUCAUUCAUAAUUAAACCACUUUCACUUUCUUGUGUGCAUAUUGUUCAGAUUUUAUUCAAAUCUGUUACAUCUUUUCUGUUAAUUUCACAGAUACGUUACUCAUUUUAUUACAUCAUGCUCUUUUUCUUUUACAUUUUCCGCUUCUGAAUCAAAUUUCUGGAUAUAAACCAUCAUUGCCUCCUGAGAAGGAAUUGUUAUGAACAUCUGCAAAAGGCAAGCAUGCUAGACAUUAUAUAUCUGACUUAUGAUGACUUUGUUAGAAGUAAGCCUUCAUUGUUUGCAAAGACAAUUACUAGAGUUCUGAUAAUCAUAUGGAAUAAUUCAUUUAUUACAAUAGCCAGGUCACCUCUGAAGAAACUAGGCAUUCUUAGGACGUCUCAAUUGAAGGUCUGUUACAACCUUUUACAAAGCUAAAACAUUUUGCUAUGGACAUUUUAUUUUUGACAUACAAUUGGUUGACAUUUCACUCUAGUAGCCUAAUUAUCAACAUCUAAUCCAGAUUUUGCUUGAAUAUACCUUGCCAUAAAUCUAUCAAAUCUAUUAGCAAAAAAAAAAAAAGCUAAUUGAAUACCCUCUAAUUGAAUACCCUUAUGACAUGUAUGAUUUCCUUUGUAAUAAGUUUAAGAUUCUUACAUAUAGAAAGCUCUUUUUUAGUCAUCAA